AUGUCUCUAACCAAGUCUCUGUCUCUCCUGACAGCUCUGCUGUCCGCCACCCGUGUCGCUGCCCACGGCCAUGUCACCAACGUCGUUGUCAACGGCGUCUCCUACGCUGGCUUUGACAUUAACAGCUAUCCCUACAUGUCGGAUCCUCCUAAGGUCGCCGCUUGGACCACACCCAACACCGGCAACGGCUUCAUCGCCCCCAGCGCGUACAACUCCGCCGACAUCAUCUGCCACCAAAACGCUACCAACGCGCAGGCCUAUAUCGAAAUCGCAGCUGGCGAUCGCAUUCAAAUUCAAUGGACUGCCUGGCCAGAAUCUCAUCAUGGACCCGUUAUUGAUAUGCUGGCGUCUUGUGGCGAGUCGUGUACAACCGUCGACAAAACUUCGCUCAAAUUCUUCAAGAUUGACGGAGUAGGACUGGUGGAUAACUCGGCGGUGCCGGGCACCUGGGGCGACGACCAGCUCAUCGCCAACAACAACAGCUGGAUGGUCGAGAUCCCUAAAUCUAUUGCGCCCGGCAACUACGUCCUUCGCCACGAGCUGAUCGCCCUGCAUAGCGCCUUUGAGAAAGGCGGCGCGCAGAACUACCCCCAGUGCUUCAACCUCAAGGUUACCGGAUCCGGCACCGACUCGCCCGCUGGUACGGUGGGCACAGAACUGUACACCGACAGCGACGCCGGUCUCUUGGUGGACAUCUACAAGUCAAUCGCCUCGUACGCCGUCCCCGGUCCUGCCAUGUACACCGGCGCCGUCUCCAUCACCCAGACCACCUCGGCCAUUACCGCGACCGGCACCGCAACGGUCGGCUCAGGCGCCGACAGCACCCCCGUGCCCUCGUCUGCGGCGUCCAAGUACUCGACCAUCGCCGUGCAGGUUCCCACCACCAAGGCCCAGUACACCCCUAUCCCCUCCAGCUCGCCAUCAACCUUCAUCACAGCGCCUGCGUCUAGCACUCCUGUCCCCAGCAGCAGCUCCGUCCCUGUUACGUCUAGCACGGCGGCUCCCCAGCCCACUUCUGCCCCUGGCGGUACUCAGACUACCUAUGGUCAGUGUGGCGGACGGAACUGGACUGGUCCGACUGCUUGUGCUUCCGGCUCCACCUGCAAGACCUGGAACCCUUACUACUCCCAGUGUGUCCCUAACUAG